AUGGGGCGAGAGCAGGAGCUGAUCCAGGCCGUGAAGAACAGGGAUGUACCCAGCGUGCAGAAACUGGUGGCCAAGAUCAAGGCAUCCAAGAGCAAGCUCCUGGGAUCUGCCAAGCGUCUGAAUGUGAACUACCAGGAUGCAGAUGGGUUCUCGGCGCUGCACCACGCAGCCCUGGGCGGCAGCCUGGACCUCAUCUCCCUGCUGCUGGAGGCACAGGCCACCGUCGACAUCAAGGACAGCAACGGGAUGCGGCCCCUGCACUACGCAGCCUGGCAGGGGCGCGUGGAGCCGGUGCGGGCGCUGCUCCGCGCUGCCGCCUCCGUCAACAUGGCCUCGCUGGACGGGCAGAUCCCGCUGCACCUCUCAGCCCAGUAUGGCCACUACGAGGUGUCAGAGAUGCUGCUCCAGCACCAGUCCAACCCCUGUCUCAUCAAUAAGGCUAAGAAAACUCCUCUGGACCUGGCCUGCGAGUUUGGGAGGCUGAAGGUGGCCCAGCUGCUGCUGAACAGCCAUCUGUGUGUCGCCCUCCUGGAGGGGCAGUCCAAGGAUGCCACGGACCCCAACUACACCACCCCACUGCACCUGGCAGCCAAGAAUGGGCACAAGGAGAUCAUCAGGCAGCUGCUGAAGGCUGGGAUUGAGAUCAACAAACAGACGAAGACGGGCACAGCCCUGCACGAGGCCGCGCUCUACGGCAAAACGGAGGUGGUGCGGUUGCUGCUGGAGGGUGGUGUUGAUGUGAACAUCAGGAACACCUACAACCAGACGGCGCUGGACAUCGUGAACCAGUUCACCACCUCACACGCCAGCAAGGACAUCAAGCAGCUGCUGAGAGAGGCAUCAGGAAUCCUGAAGGUCCGAGCUUUGAAGGAUUUUUGGAACCUCCAUGAUCCAACUGCUCUCAAUGUCCGGGCAGGAGAUGUCAUCACGGUCCUGGAGCAGCAUCCAGACGGGCGGUGGAAGGGGCAUAUCCACGACACUCAGAAAGGCACCGAUCGGGUUGGGUACUUCCCUCCCUCCAUCGCUGAAGUCAUCAGCAAGCGCACGGGCAUGGUUGUCCCCCGCGUGGCGCCCGUGCACCAGCGCCAGGGUCCCCCCGGGGCCCUCCCAGCCCCCCCUGGUGGGCUGCAGCACCUCCCCGACGAGUGUCCUCACCAGGCAGCCCCGAGCAUCCCAGCCUAUGGCCACCUCACCCUAACCCGGACGGCCCCAGGCCCUGACAGCUCAGCAGGAGACAGGAACAGCGUGGGCAGCGAGGGCAGCAUCGGCAGCAUCCGCAGUGCCGGCAGCGGCCAGAGCACCGAGGGCACCAACGGGCAGAGCACCAGCAUCCUCAUCGAGAACGCCAGGCCACUGCCCUCCACUGGUGAUGACAUCCAGCAGCACCUUUUGGGAUCAGAACCACCUUCUCUGCCAGGGCCACAAGGCCACCAGCCUCCAGGUAGCUGUCCCCCCGGAGACAGGGUGUUCUCCCACCAGUUCGUGCGGCCUGAGCAGCUCCUCGAGGGGAAGGAUGCAGAAGCCAUUUUUAACUGGCUGAGUGAGUUCCAGCUGGAGUCCUACACUGCCAACUUCCUCAAUGCUGGCUAUGAUGUCCCCACCAUCAGCCGCAUGACCCCAGAGGAUCUGACAGCCAUUGGCGUCACCAAACCAGGCCACCGGAAGAAGAUCUCCACCGAGAUCGGGCAGCUCAGCAUUGCUGAGUGGCUGCCCAACUACAUCCCGGCUGACCUGAUGGACUGGCUCAGUGCCAUCGGGUUGCCCCAGUACCACAAAAAGCUGGUGAACAAUGGCUAUGACUCCAUCACCAUCGUGACAGACCUGACAUGGGAGGAUCUGCAAGAGAUCGGCAUCAACAAGCUGGGACACCAGAAGAAGAUCAUGUUGGCUGUCAAGAAGCUCAGAGACCUUCGCAAAAGCCUCAACCAAGCAGAAGCAACUUUGACAAGACGCAAAGUCCCCGGUGCCCUGGACAUUGUCACCAUUGAGUCACUGGAAAAUGGGGAGUGCCAGUCCCCUCAUACCCCCAAAAUGACAACCUUCCAGGACAGCGAGCUCAGCUAUGAGCUCCAAACAGCUAUGUCCAACAGCUGCCACGAGACACUUAGCAUCAAGAGCAGCCAGGGGAUGUCACGGAGCCAGGAGAGCAUCGGGGUGCGUUCCCGGGGCUCGGGGCACUCACAGGACAACGUGCUGUCCCGGCACCUCUCCAGCCCCUCGCAGGAGAGCCUGGGCAGCAGGGAGAGCAGCAGCAGCAGCGGGCAGUCCUGUGCACCGCCCCGCAGCAGGGAGAGCCCGGCCAGCCCGCCGGGGCGGCCCAGUCCUGAGCCCUACGGAAAGCUCGUCUCCCCCGAGGGGCUGAACGGCUACGCCAGUGGUGGUGGGUGCAGCCCCCUCAAGGAGAGGAACCUGCCUGAAGGCACGGAUCAGUACCCCCGGCCAGUGGCUCAGAAAAGUGCUGGGACGCCAGCGGUCACCCCCUGUAGCCCUCCCCAGACCCCCAGCAAAGCAACGGCGCCGUACGUCUUCAUGGCAGAGGUGGACAAUGAGACCUGUCACACUGGUGACACCAGCUGCACCACGCUUUCUGAUGCCUGCAGGGACCCCUUUGAGAGCAGCAAGCCACGGAGACGGACAUUCAGCGAGCCCAGUGCUCCCAUGACAGAGGUGGCUGCACAGGGUGAACGGGAGGACGCCUGCUCGGACACAGAGGAGGAGGCUAAGCCAGGAGUCUCCUCCUCAUCCUCCCAGAACAGCUCCAGUGAGUGCAUCCCCUUUGCAGAAGAAGGCAACUUAACCAUCAAACAGCGGCCAAAGCCCACCGGGCACCCCAAGGCUGAGGUGGCUGUGCCAGAGACAGAGCCUGGUUCUCAGCUGGCAGAGCCUCCCUGCUCCAGCGGGAAGGAGCCGGCAGCUCCCAGUGCUGCCAAGGAGCCGCCUGUGCUGGAGUUCAACCUCACGGAGUCAGACACGGUGAAGCGCCGGCCCCGCUUCAAGGAGCGGGAGCCGCUGCAGGCGGUGCUGAAGGCGUUCAGCCUGGCAGGGCAGGCCGAGGGGGGGGCCAGCCCUGCACCCCAGUACGCCCAGGCCCAAGCUGUGAGCAUCGCCGGACCCCCUGUGCCAGCACCAGCACCGCGGGCCGGGCUGGCCGGGGAUGCCUUUGAUGAUGAUAAGGUGGAGUUCAGGAUUGCUGAGAUAGAGAAAAGCAUCUUAUCGCUGGAGAAGGGGAUCAAGAAGGCCCCGAGCCCCACCAAAGCCCCCAGCCCUGUGGAGCUGCUCAGCACUGCUGUGGUGAGGACACCUGCACCAGAUGUCCCUGCCAAGCACACCUCCGUGGCAUCCACCAAACUAGUCUUCUCGGGGCCUAAGACCAUCUACCAGCAGGUCCUGGCACCCUCCCACCACACCAUGGCUCCCUGGGCAGCUCCUGAGGCAGUGCCAGAUGUGAUUGGGUCGCUGGCGGGUCCUGGCAGCAAGGUGACAGCAAAGCCUGUGGCAGCUGCCCCGGGGGCUGCCCUGGCCCAGCAGCGGCUGGAACAGACCAACUCCACCCUGGCUGCCACGCUGCAGGCGGCCGAGAAGAGGAUCACGGCGGAGGAGGUGGAGAGCCCCCCCGGGGCCGUGCACUCGGCCAAGAACAUCCUGGAAGACAUCAGCAACAUGUUCGACGACCUGGCUGACCAGCUGGACGCGAUGCUGGACUGA